CCCUACUCUUCAUUGGCAUAAGCUGUGCCAGUCUUUGACAGCAUCUAUGAAAUUGGGAAGGAAACCAAAGCAUGGAUGUGUGAGGAGCCUGUUUCCUUUUACUACACCUUUCUGAUUCCUGAAAAGCACAAGACCUUUUCUGCCCUUCUCACGUGCUGCGCAUCCUCUAAUCUAAAUUAACUCUUUUUCCAAUAUUAAACUUCCAUCCUCCUCUUCCUCUGUGACUCAAACUGCAUCAACCAAGUUAGUAAGAUUUGCUAUAAAUGCUUGUCAUGUCUAGUAGAAACUCGUGAAAACUCUGGUGCUGAUUUGGUUCUCUCAGAUAGAAGGGAAUUCACAUAAACUUAAGUUGAAGAGAAGGGAGCAUAAUGGCUUUGGAAACUCUUUCAUCCAACGAGUUUUCCAACUUCAUAUUGUAUGACACUAUCUCUGCAACUCCAUAUACCAAUCAUGAUUCUUCGGAGGCUAGUUUCUUGGAAAGUUUAGUGAACUAUCAGGAGCAUGACCCUGCAUAUGAUAACUAUGCAAUGAGGACCCGAAAGCGCCAAGCCAGCGAGCCAGAAAUCAUUGGCAAGAAGCAGAAUGUGGUGGGGGUGCAAAGUAGGAAGAAGAGGAGAAGGAAGCCAAGGGUUUGCAAGAACAAGGAAGAGGCUGAGACACAAAGAAUCACCCACAUUACAGUGGAAAGAAACCGCCGGAAGCAGAUGAAUGAGCAUCUUUCUGUCCUCCGUUCACUCAUGCCUGAGUCCUACGUCCAAAGGGGUGACCAGGCCUCUAUAGUGGGUGGUGCCAUAGAGUUUGUGAAGGAGCUGGAGCACCUCUUGCAAUCACUUGAAGCUAGAAAGCUGCAACUUUUACAGCAAGAAGUGGCACAAACCAAUGAAAAUACGGCGAUUUCCAAACUCAUGCAACCACCUUUUGCAGAAUUUUUUUUGUAUCCUCAGUACACAUGGUCCCAGACUCCUAACAAAUACACAUCAAAGACCAAAGCUGCCAUAGCUGAUAUCGAGGUCACUUUGAUCGAGACCCAUGCAAAUCUUCGAAUUCUCACAAGGAGAAGCCCUGGGCUACUAACAAAGUUGAUUGCUGGUUUUCAAACACUUCAUCUCACCAUCCUACAUCUCAAUGUCACCACCAUAGACCCUUUGGUCUUCUAUUCCAUCAGUGCUAAGGUUGAAGAAGGAUUCCAACUUGGUUCAGUAGAUGGUAUUGCAACGGCAGUUCAUCAUUUGCUUGCAAGAAUUGAAGAAGAAGCUUCCCUUUGUUGUUGAUCAUGUUCACCAGGGACACGAUAUUCUGGUGAAAUGACCAAAUCAACCCUCAAGAGAGUGAGAGAGAGAGAGAGGGAGGAAAAGAAUAUUUACUGAUGGCUUUAGUUUUUGUUUUUGUUAGUUCGGUGUCCAACUGAUGUGUUAAUGCUAAACUAUAGUUGCAAUAGAUGGUGUUUUGGUUGCUUAAA